CUUCUUUUUAAUUAUUAAAUUAAAUUUGUUGGUGUUGAUGGCGGUGCUUUUCCUUCUUUUUCUCUUUUGAAGAAGGGGGGUAGCACUUAGGAAGUGAUUUUAGUUCAAAAUAAUCACAAACAACAAAACAAAAUGCAAUAUUAUUAUUGUUGCUCUAAAGAUGAAGAUGAUGAUCAAGCUCUUCUUCUUAGCCUAUUCUACAAUCUCUCUUCUUCCUUCUUCCUUGUCUUCUUCUUCCUCUCCUUCACAUCCAUUUUACUUUUCAAGUCAUUCUACUUCCUUGGUGCUCCUUUAUUCCCAAGAAAUGAGUAUGAAUAUGAAUACAACGCGGUGUCAUCCAACCAGGAGGAGGAAGAAGAGGAAGAGGAAGAAAGAUAUGGUAGUGGAAUCUAUGGUACGUCGUUUCUCGAUAAAGAAGCCGAAACUCGGAUGAGUCGAUGGCAAAGCCAGCUUCCAGAUAAUGAAGAAAUAUUAUUAACAGAUUUGGAGGAGCCUUGGAUUACUAUGGAAUCCAUAGACUUAGAUGACCAAAUUACAACCAAUAGCUCAGUUUAUGAGUCCCCACAAGCUGCCUUACAACUUGAUGAACAAUAUCUACAAGAAAACGACCACGACGACCAAAUGCCAGAAGAACUCACGGACUCCGAACAGGUCGUGAGACAAGUAAUGAAGGUGAAUUCUUGUAGAAUAUCAAUGGACAUGAAGAAGAAGAGAUUGGUGGAGGAUAAUAAUAAGGAUCAUAAAAGAAGAAAUGAUGAUGAUCAAAUCAGUUAUGGGAUUAAUUACAUGAAGAAGGAGGAGGAAUUAUGUGGUGGAAAGAUUGUUAUUAAGGAGAAUAACAACAAUAAUAAUGAGAAAUAUUUGGUAUUUAGACCAAAUGAAAUAUUGGUUAAUAAAAAAAAGAAAGAAGAAGAAGAAGAUCAAGAGAUAUAUGGGGAUUCAUAUACAAUAGGGUCAACAUCAAAGAGUUCAUCAGAAUGGAGAAGCUCAAUAAACUGCAGAGAUUCAUCAUCAGGAACUGAAGAUCCAUUUUCAUCUUCUUCAAGAAGAAGCUGUCCAAAAUGGGAAUCUUAUACUGUUUUCCAGAAAUAUGAUGAAGAAAUGAUGUUUCUUGAUAGAAUCACUGCCCAAAAGCUUCAUGAAACAGAGUCAUUGAGGUCAAUUAAGAUGUGCCCAAGAUCAAUAUCAGAGAGGAUUGUUUAUAAAUUAUCAACAAUAAACAAGAAAGGUUCAGAACAUGUUAAUGUGAAACAAAAUCCAUAUCAUGAAUUGGAAAGUGCUUAUGUUGCACAAAUUUGCUUGACAUGGGAAGCACUAAAUUGGAAUUACAAGAAUUUUGUGAACAAGAAAUUAAGCAGUAGUUGUAAAUUAAGAGCAGAAAUGGAUAAUGGCUGUCCAGGCAAAAUUGCUCAACAGUUUCAACAAUUUCAAGUUCUUCUUCAACGUUACAUUGAGAAUGAACCUUAUGAACAUGGCCGUCGCCCUGAGAUUUAUGCUCGUAUGAGACUUUUGGCUCCUAAUUUGCUUCAAGUCCCUGAAUUCAUAGAUGAAGAAGAAAUAAAGGAAGAAGGAGGUGGUUAUGGUUCAAGAAUAUCCUCACCAUCUUUUUUAAUGAUAAUGGAAGAUGGAAUAAGAACAUACAUGAAUUUCCUCAAAGCUGAUAAAGAGAAACCUUGCCAGAUUGUUGCUUCAUUUUUCAAGAGAAAGAAAAGACCUUCGGUUGAUCCAACUCUCCUCCAACUCAUCAAGAAAGUUAACCAAAAAAAAAAGAUGAAGCUUAAAGACCUUCGUCGUGCGGGGAAGUGUUUGAGAAAAAGGAAGCUAAGCGUAGAGGAGGAGAUGGAGAUUUUGAUGGCUCUUAUAGACCUAAAAGUGGUUUCUAGGGUUUUAAGAACUGCGGAUUUAAGCGAACAACAACUCCAUUGGUGUGAGGCAAAGUUGAGCAAAGUUAGGAUUGUGGAUGGAAAACUUCAUAGAGAUUCCACACCUCUUUUCUUUCCAGCUCAUUGAGUUAGGAUCAUCUUCAAUCAUAUUAAAAAUAAGAAAACAAUAAAUAAAAAAUAAAAAAAGCUCUCUCUAGCUAAUUAAGUUUAAAUUCUCUUAAUUUUAUCAAGACCCCACCAAAAAAAAGUUAAUAUUUUUGUUGCUUGGGUGAGUCAGCUGCAAAGGAAAAGUGAAUAUCUUUGAAUGCGUGCAUGCAUGGGAUCCCAGAAUUCAAGGAAUAAAGCAAGAAGGGAUCAAAUUUAUGUGAUUCGUGUAAGAAGAGAUGGAAAGUGAAGCAGCAAAAACAUGUGAUGAAAGAAGAUGGGGACAAAUUGAGAAGACAAUGUAGCUUUAGUUUUGCUUUUUUUUUUCUUUUUUUUUUGGUUUACUUUAACUUUUGAUUUAGGAUUUCUUUCAAGUUUGAUGUAAAGAAAAAGUUAAUGUAUGCAUAGUUUAAGUAGAUUAAUUAUUUAGUUAUUUCUACUUUCUAAGUCUUAGUAAAUAGAAGGGGACAAUAAAAAAGGCCAAGUUUUUAAUAAGGAUGGAUAAUCAAUCAUGUUAUUGUAAUAAUUAUCAUAUUAUUCUAUGAAAUUACUUUCUCAUUGACUCAUUA